AUGAAAGUAUUACCAUUUUCCCUUUUGACUCUAUAGUUCCAUAAUACUAGUUUGGAAGAGAAUUACCAAAAAUAAAUAUAAGAAUAGAAACUUACCUAUUUCAGAUUUCUGAUUUCAUUUGUGAUUUUGAUUACAUUUGUAGGAUUGUUUAAAUCAUUAAUAGAAUAAUGGGGAACUUUUUUAAUUCUAUCUCUUGCAGUGCAAACUGUGCUUUAUUUAUUAGCGUUAAUAUUCAGUCGAAAAAUUUCUCCUUACUUUAAGUAUAUUCUUCCAUCAUUAUAUGUUGCUUAAUAUACUUAUUUCAUAAUUGGGGCACUAAAUAAUCUAUUAUAGUAUUUUAUUCGAAUAUUUUAGGCCUCAUUAUGUUUAUGGAUUUAUAGGUGGAAUUUAUUCAUGUUGUAUGCUGAAUUAUCUAAGUGUAAAAAUGAAAAUCCUUAUUUUAUCUUCUUCCGUUUGGAUAAUGCUUGGAAUAUUUGAAAUAUAUUCAUUAGCAAAUUUGAAUUAUAUUUUUCUUGCAAUUGCCGCUACUGGUAUUCAGGCAUUUUAUGCAUAUGUAUAUGAAUAUAUUAUGAGAUUAAAUUUUUCAUAAGGAGUCAUUAUCAACUACUAAAAGUAAAAAAUUUAUUAUUAUAAUAGUGAUUUAUUGUUUUAAUGUUCAAAAUAACAGAUGCUUAUUUUAAGUUUUAACAACAAAAAAACAUUUUUUGAACUUGAUUUUGUAAAUCAAAAGUUUGAAUUAAACUAAAAAAUAGAAAAUGAUUAAACAAAACUCAAAGAAUUUUUAAGAAAUAAUUUUAUAAUUAACUUAGAUAAUGAUUAAAUGUUUGGUAGUUUAAGAAUUCAAAAGUUUGCUAAUAAAUAAAUUACUUUAGAAGAUUUAUUAUUUGAAAUAUACAGAGCUGCAAAAUAGGAUGAAUAAUGCUUUAAUUAAUAUGAAAUGAUUGAUUAGCAUAAUUCUUAAAAAGAAAUUUAGAUUUAAACAAUAAAUGGACUGAAAACUCUUUUUAUAAUUAUUAUUAGUGAUAAUAAUAAUAAAAUUUAAAUUGAAAAGUAUGAAAAGUAAAUAAAGAUAAUAAAUAAUUAAUCAAUCAAUUUUUCAUUUUAAGUAGGAUAAAAAUUAUAAACAAUUUAUAAAUUAAUUUAUGAAUUGGAGAUUUAUAAUUAAGAAAAUCCAACUUUAAAUAAAAUUAAAGGAAUUCUCUAGUAUAUUCUUAAUGAAACUAAAAAUCAACUAGUAUUUUUUUCAUAAAAUAAAAGUCCAUAAUUACUUUAAAAAAUUGAUCAUUGUUUAUUAUCUUCGCUUAUAAUAGCCUUAAAACCAUAUUUUUUAUAUUAAUGCUAAUAAUAAUAAAAAUAUUUUGAAUUAUUAUUUGAUAAUGAAGAUGUUCAAAUGUAGAUAAAUACUAAACAAUUUACUUAAAUCCUUAUAAAUAUUUUCAAUAAAAUUCUCCUCUAUGCAAAAUCUAAUAGCACAAUUUUGUUUAGUAUUACCAAAGAUUCCAAUCUGAACCCUUAAUUUGAUGUUAAGUCAUUAUCCAAAUAAUCAUCCAAAUCUAAAUAUGAUUAUUUAUGUUCUUCUUCAGGGAAUAAUUAAUUAUUGAUAAAUUUAAAUUUUACUUUUCUAACUAAUGAAAAAAUCAGUAAUUUUGAAAAUUCUUUUGUUAAUAAAAAAAUUGAUUGCAUGGAGGAUGAUGAUUUUAUUACUAUUGUUAAUUCAUAUUUGUUAAAACAACUUAGCCCUUACAAUAAUAUUUUUAUAACUUAAGAGUCAAGAUCUAAAUAAAAAAAAAACGUUAAAACAACUCUAACAUUUUAUAUUUACUCCGAUUAAACCUAAAUCGAGUAAACAUAUUUUAAAUACAUAAAUUAAGAAAAUAUACUUUAAUGA